AUGAAAUCGCGCGUUCAUAACAGCCCGAACUUGAUCUACUCGGUGGGAACGCAGGUCGUUUCGCUGAAGGCGGUUCAAGGGUCUCACGGCAAGACGGUCCAUCCGGCGGGUGCGGUCGGGGUGGUGGUGCGGUCGCCGGUCGAUCGACAGCAUGCUUAUCGGGUGCGGUUUGUCGAUGGCUUCGAAGCGGCUCUUCAUCACGACAACAUCAUGCUGCUGGCCGAGUAUAAGGAAGGCCACAUCAACGAUCCCAAUCAGGUGCUUCCGAAGCAUGGGCUGUUCGAUCGGGUGAUCUACCGCUGCGUGGUUGGUUCGCGAGCGUUUGGCUUGGACACCGAAGACUCGGACUACGACCGCCGUGGUAUCUAUCUCCCGCCGGCCGACUUGCAGUGGUCGCUGUACGGCGUGCCCGAUCAGCUCGAAAACGACGAGCGGCAGGAAGCUUAUUGGGAAUUGCAGAAGUUCCUCAUCCUGGCACUGAAGGGCAAUCCGAACAUUCUGGAAUGUCUGUAUACGCCGCUGGUGGAACAUAAGACUCCGCUGGCGGAAGAACUGCUGGGCCUGCGGGGAAUCUUUCUUUCCAAGGUGGUUUACCAGACCUACAACGGCUAUGUGAUGUCGCAGUUCAAGCGGAUGCAAGCUCAUCUGCGGAACCAUGGCGAGAUCCGACCGAAGCACGUCAUGCACCUCAUUCGCCUGCUGCUCUCGGGCAUUCACGUGCUGCGCGAGAAGCACGUGCAAGUCGAUGUAGGCGAACACCGCGAGGCGCUGUUGGCCAUCAAGACGGGCGACAUGAACUGGUCCGAGGUUGAACAGUGGCGACUUCGUUUGCAUGAGGAAUUCAAUCAAGCCCUAGAACAAACUGAGCUGCCCGAACGGCCCGACUACGAGCGGGCGAACGCGUUUCUGGUGAGAGCGCGCACCACGCUCCUGAUUUCCUGGCGGCAAUCCGAAGACAAUCAGCUUAUCUGGCGAGCAGCAGUCGAACGGGGUUGGUCGGUUGAGCGGAUCAAGGGCAUUCAUGUACCUGAGAUUGUUGAAAGCCGUGUUGUGAUCUACAUGGAGUCGAUGUUUGCUCCAACCAUCGCCAGCCGUCUCGGACUCGAGCUCACCCAGUUGUCAGACGAUUGGGUACCAAAGCUACCUGAGGAGUUUCGACUGCGCGACAUAAGAUUGACGACACUGGGUGACAUUGCUCAGACCAACCUUCCUCUGUUCCUUAAACCGCCGAACGAAAAGUCGUUUUCGGCAAAAGUGUAUGACUGCAUAGACUCGCUCUUGGCCGACUAUGGUCCGACUACUCCUGUUUUAGCCGCACCACCUGUAUCGUGGUCGUGCGAAUUCCGCUGCUUCUGUCUCGAUGGUCGCGUGCGCACUCUAUCACCUUAUCUGCGAGACGGAGAAUUAAGCAGUUUGGAAGGCUUUACCGCGACAGCAAGCGAAAUGGAACAAGUAAAACACUUUACUGAACGCGUGCUUCUGGACGAACGGGUAGAGUUCCCGCGAGCGAUCGUCAUCGAUGUGGGAAUCAUCGUCGGGCGGGGAUGGGCGGUAGUCGAGGCGAAUCCAGCGUGGGGAUCGGGCAUCUAUGGUUGUGACCCCAAUGAAGUUCUGAACGUGCUUGAGAAAGCAACGGUAACGGCGCAUCCGUAUCCUCUGGUUUUCGCAACGAUCAGUGGCUCGCACUUGCUUGGCUUUCCGUCGAGCGAUUCGGACUUUGAUCUGCGGGGCAUGCACUUGCUGCCGUUGGAAGAGGUGGUCGGUCUGCGUGCGCCGAAGGAGACGAUUGAACGGAACAUCGUGCAGGAUGGUUUGGAAAUCGAUCUCGUCACGCACGAUGUGAAGAAAUUUUACUUAUUGAUGCUGCAGAAGAACGGCUUGGUGCUGGAGCAAAUCUUUUCGCCGCUGGUCGUGCAUACCACGCCUGAGCAUGCGGAGUUGAAGGAGCUGGCCAAGGGCUGUAUCACUCGGCACCAUGUUCAUCAUUACCUCGGGUUCGCAACGACGCAGUGGAAGCUGUUUCGCAAGGAAGAGCCGCCCCGGGUGAAGCCGUUGCUGUAUGUCUAUCGUGUGCUGCUGACCGGCAUUCACUUGAUGCGCACCGGCGAGGUUGAAGCGAAUCUGCUGACGCUGAAUGAAACUGCCCAACUGCCGUACAUCGACGAGUUGGUCGAACGCAAGUUGUCCGGCGCGGAGAAGGGGCGACUGGACUCCGUCGACGUCGACUUCCACGAACGAGAAUUUGAACGACUGGUAAACGAGAUGAAGACGGCGGCCGACGAAUCGACCUUGUCCGAGCGACCCUCGGCCAAAGACGGCUUGAGUGACUUGCUGGUGCGGCUGCGAACCGGCGGUUGGAAGAAGCUCUGA